AUGGAUCCUUCAGAAAGAGACAAGGUUCCCAUGUUGCAAGGUUCUUACAUCCAAUCAGAUGAAGGCUCGAAAAACUCUAUCACAAACAAAGGACUCUCGACCAGAACAAGAAGUGCAUCAAUGUCCAUCCCCACCAACUCUAUAUAUUCCUCCGAAUACGAACGAAGCCUCGUGGGCUUCACGGGCCCUUUGAGAACCGAAAAAGGGAGGAAUUCCAUUGCACAAACUAGUGUAGAUCUAUAUGCUUUGCGCAGAAAGGCAAACGAGCCUAAAAUAGAAAGAUUUCCUUCUUCGGUUAUUGAUCGGGCGAAUGAUGAUAGUGAUGAUUUCGUGGGGAGAAAUGAGAAUCUUUACAAGUCCGGGCAGCUCGGAAUGUGCAGCGAUCCUUACUGCACAACUUGUCCGAUGUACGAUAAUGUCAAUGGCUAUAAGUAUAACAGAACUCCUCAGAUGUUGGAUGCUAAGCACGGAAACUGCGGACUGGUUCAGAACCGUGAAUAG